AUGGCUGACGAUGACUCCAUCCAGUAUCUUGGGACAACUCGCACCACCCCCAAACUUGUUUCAUUUCAGGCAAACACCCCCCGGCCUGUGACUGGUGUAGUGUUCCAGGUUGAAGGGGAAGGAGAGCAAGAAGCCCAGAGCAUUGUCUUUCACAAGAAUGACUCUGCGGUUGUGCAAAUCGGUCGAAGACCUGGUGGUCAACGAGGUGGAGAGAACAAGCAAGAACCUGGUCGUGCCUUCUUCAAUUGUCCAGUUGUCAGUCGAAUCCAUGCGAAGCUGGUGUUCAGUGAUAGUGGCCAAGUGAGUAGUACUUACUGCAACUCUCAUCACGGCACUCUUAUCCGUCCUGCCACAGGAGACCAGUCAGUCAAGAAACUUAUACCAGAAACCCCGCAACAGCUUCACGAUGGCGACACUUUGACGCUGGGCAAAUCAGUGGCCAGUUGUGAUGGUCUUGGAGCGGGGGUCGUACGCCCUGUUGUUGCCCGCGUCUCGUUUUUGUACAACCCCCCUACUUUCAAACCCCUUGUUGUCCCCAGUCCUGGGAGAUACGGCGUUUCGUCGGAUUCAGACUCGGAGGCUAGCUCGCAUGACUCGGACAUAGAGGAACUGCCCCCCUGGCAUAAUAUUUCCCCAUCCUUUAUGUCUUGGGUACCAGAUGAUGAGGAUCAAUUGGACGACCACUACAGCGAUUACUCGGAAUGCGACUCCUCAAUGGACUUGUCUAGCUCUCCCGAGCCUUCGGAUAUACCUCUUGAACCCAUCGUUAUUGGCGCCUGGCCACAUUCCCGAUCAUCAUCAUCUCCUUCCGUCUUUUCUUCCUCAUUCCCCCCUAUUCGCUUGGUGCCCUCCACUGCAUCCGUAGUUUUCAACGAACCUCCCAAAGUACCUUUCGACGACAUAUCGGACGAAGAGGCUGUUAUGUUUGACGAGCAGCCACAAGACGCGUUGAAACUCGAGGCAUCAGUUGCUUCCCUGAAGACCGAGGUUGAAAAGCUGCAGCAGCAUCGGAAGAAAUACAAGCAACGUUUCAAUGACAACAUCAAGGUCAUGACGGAUAAAUUUGCGAAUUUGGAAGAGAAGUCUUCAGAUAUCAACAGCCUUUACACGUUACUCUCCGACAAGGUCAAUGAGAAUGUUGAUGCUUGUCAACAAGCGCAAGCCCAGCUUCAUGUUCUUGAGCUGGAUAUGCUUCAACAACAGAUGGAGCGUAAAGAUCAGCACGUUGACCAGCAGAGCAAAGCCACAGCCAAAGCCCUGGAAAUUCUGGUCGCAGAGAUAACCCAACUGCGUGACACAGUCCGCGAAGAGUUGGCGGACAAGUCUCAGAGCGUCGAGGAUGCGAAAGAGGCUCUCAAGAAACUCUCAGAGCAGGUGUUGAUUCAAACAGAAUCGUUGAAGCGGAAACGGACUGUGGAAGAUGAAGAGGAAAUACCAAGCUCGGAUAUAGUCCCAGAACGGCCAACCAAACGUCGGCAAGUUGUCAAAGUCGCUGUCCAAACAGCGACGAUGGGUGUUGUUGGUGCCGUCGUUUGUUGACUCCUUGUGUUCGUCGCAUCAAAGUCGUUGAAUUAACCCACCAACGAAUUUGCCAGUGUUCCAGGGCCUAUUGAGGUCUCCGAUGAAGUAAUCUAACGUGCUUGACGCGACGCUUUGGCUGAUAUUGCAGGUUUUAUUCGCCAAUGCUCACCCGUCCAUGAGCCACGUCUCGCCUGAUUUUGUACCCAUCUUUGGGGAAUCUAUUCGUAUGACGAGGUACGGGUAGCGAGAGCAGCCUCGGAUAGCCAUUCACGACAUUAGGGAGGUUGUAAUGUCUGCCGACGGUCAGCCAUUCCUCAUCUCUGGAAGUGGAACUCUGGGUGCGUCUCCUCUAGCUUACUUUCGUCAAUAACAUUGCUUUAGGAUGGGACCAGGUGCAUCGAUCCACAUGUCUUAUCUGACAACCAACUCAAACAGCGCUAGGUUGCAGCAAACUUGAUUCAACCUGGAGAGAACGCGCUUGUACUCAACAGCGGCUACUUUGGAGAUAGUUUUACUGAGUGGUUUGUGUUGAUUCUGUCUCGAGCAGCACCUUGCUUAUCAGUCCCUACAGCCUCGAAGCAUAUGGAGCAAAGGUGGACCAGGUCAAAGCUGAUAUCGGCUCAGCAGUCAGCCAGGAUGCCAUCGAAACUGCACUCAAGAAGAAGAGCUACAGACUAAUCACCAUGACCCAUGUAGACACCUCCACGGGUCGGUUUUAUCGACUAUCUGUGCUUUGUGGUUCUGACACGCUAUUAGGCGUGCUUACCGACGCAAAAGCAGUUGCUAGUACCGUUAAGCGUGUCUCGCCCGAUACUCUGGUGUGUCUUGCUGUAUUUUUUUCGGCGAUUUGAGUGACGGUGAAUGGGUAGGUCAUCUUGGAUGGCGUGUGCUCUGUUGCGAGUGAGGAGCUCCGCAUGGACGAUUGGGGGAUUGAUGUCGUGUUAACGGCAAGCCAGAAGGGUCUCGGGGUCCCCCCCGGCCUCAGCAUUCUGGUAGCAAGCCCCAAAGCAAUCAAGGUAUGCACGAUGUUGAUUCGUGGAUUAAAUGGCCCGUUCAAGCCGAACCUGUCAGGUCUUCGAGUCGCGUACAGCACCAAUCGGAUCCUACUAUGCUAGCUGGAAGAAGUGCGUGCAUCUCAUAUUUCAAAAUGUGGUUCACAGUAGUCUCAGAUGGUUGCCGAUUAUGAACGCUUACGAGAGCGGCAAAGCAGCAUAUUUCGCGACACCACCAGUGAACCUCAUGUCAGGAAUUUUGCCAACUACCUACCCGCUUGCUAAUGCCGCCAUGAAUAGCUAUGCAUAUCAUGAGGCUUUGACGCAAAUCACCAAGAGGGAGCCUUCCUUGGAAGAGCGCAUAAGACUACAUCGCGCAGCAAGCAAGGAGGUCAAGGAGACCGCUGCAGCUCUUGGUCUUCAACAGGUGGCGGUUGAUUCAGCCUUUGCCGCAAAUGGAAUGACUGCGGUUUGUUGAAAAAGACCUGAUAAUCUGCACGAACCCAUCAUCUCACAGUUAUACUUCCCAGAGGGAGUCUCCGCCGCGGACGUGAUCCCCAAAUUCGGCGCAAAAGGCCUAGUUAUCGCUGGUGGGUUGCACACUGAAAUUAAAGGUCAGCUUUGGGUGCGGUGGUGUAGGUUGUCUAUUGAUCACAACUCUCCAGACAAGUAUUUCCGUAUUGGGUAUCAGUGCUUUCAUUGUGCGCCUGCUUAUACUGACAGGGUCCUUCCUAAAGGCACAUGGGCGUGACUGCUGUCGACGCGCAACGGGGCGAUAUCCAAACAGUAACUGAGGCAUUGAAGGCAGUUUUUGCAAAGUGA